AUGGAUACGGAAGCCAUAAAUACCGGGGAGGGUAUGGACGAGGAUAGGGGUCUCAAUACGAAUACACAUCACGAUAAUGAGGGCGAAGAAGAGUCAGAAAUUCGGAAAAAGGUUUUCGAUAUAAAACUCGCGAAUAAAAGACUGACUGAAGACGAGAUCGUGGCCCAGGCCUUCGUAUUUCUAUUGGCCGGAUAUUUAUCGACUACCGGCGCUCUGGCGAACUGUCUGUACGAAUUGGCCGUCAAUCCCGACGUUCAGCAACGGCUAUACGACGAGAUUAACGGUGCCGUCGAUUCGGACACCGGGGACAUAGAGUACGACCGAUUGGCACGANUAUUGGCCGGAUAUUUAUCGACUACCGGCGCUCUGGCGAACUGUCUGUACGAAUUGGCCGUCAAUCCCGACGUUCAGCAACGGCUAUACGACGAGAUUAACGGUGCCGUCGAUUCGGACACCGGGGACAUAGAGUACGACCGAUUGGCACGACUACCCUAUUUGGAUGCCGUAAUUGCAGAGACAUUGCGCCACCAUUCAUUAGCCCUUCCACUGUCUAGAUACCCGACCCGGGAUUAUAAGCUCGGCAAAACUGGUAUUACCAUAAAGGCGGGACAACAGGUGGAAAUACCUAUCUAUGCCAUACAUCACUCGGAACAAUAUUACCCGGAUCCUUUCAAGUUUAAACCUGAUAGAUUCAUGCCGGAAAAUAAGCACCUGAUUAAGCCCUAUACUUACCUUCCGUUUGGUGUCGGUCCUCGAAAUUGUGUUGCCCUACGAUUCGCGUUACUUGAAUUGAAACUGACCCUGGUACAUACGUUGCUAGAGUAUCGUUUGGUUCGGUGCCCGGAAACAGACGUUCCCCUCCGGUAUAAGCGAUUCAUACACCAAACCGUCGCCGAAAGACUUUGCAUCAGAAUUGAGCCGAGAUUUGAAACAAAUAUUUAA